AUGAAUGAUAAAACAGUUUCAGAUAUUAAUGUGACAAUGAAAAAUGAAAAUGAUAAACUUACUGAAAAUGAAAAGAUAAAAAUUGUGGCUGUGAAGAGUUCUGAUGGUGAAAAAAUAAGCCUCAAUAAAAAGGUUUUUCUUGAAGAUAAUGUGGAAGAAUGGCUUAGAGAAUUAAAAAGUGCUGUGUCUGAAGAAAUCAGUGAACUGAGUCUCAGAGCAAUACAUGAAGUUGAGGUUAAUAUGCCCUUUGAAGAGCUUACUCAAAAGUAUCCAACCCAAGUGUGCCAUUUGUCAACACUUUACUAUUGGUCAAUGGAGAUAGAAAGUGGAAUCCAGAAGCUUAAGCAUGACCGAAAAGCUUUGUCCAUUCAAACUAAUUACUUACGCGAUUUAUUGGACUCCAUUUGCCAAAGAAAAAUUAAAGAAUGCUCAGAUUUUGAAUGGAGACGAACCAUAAAAUGUUACCUACUUCCUGAUGCAGAUGAUAUACCAAAGCCUCAUUUGGUCAUCCUUAACAACAAUCUACCUUAUGGUGGAGAGUUCAGUGGCAGCUGUCCCAACAUUAUUGUUACUCCAGCCACUGACAAAUGUUUCUUGUUUAUUGCCCAAGCAAUUUAUGAUAUUCAAGCAGUUUGUCUUGUAGGACCAACUGAAGUUGGCAAAAAAGAAACAUUGAUGCUUCCAAAUGUCAACCCUUCAGUUGCAUUCUUCAUGACUGUGACAGUUCAGCUGAGUUCAGAUUGGCACUUUCCUCAGAAAGUGAAAAGUGUCUUCCGAACUGUGUCCCUAAUCAAGCCAGAUGCAUUUUGGAUUCUAAAAGGAAAUUUUUUUUCAAGUGGUUUUAAAGGAGCAAAUUUUCUGGCUGGAAGACUUCUAGAAAUUGCAUCACUCGCUAGAAAUCAUCUACCCUCCAUGUACAGCAGUCGUUUCCAUCUGUCCUCCUUGAUUUCUACUGUGAAGAGGGCUUUUCAGAUUCAACUUUCUCGAGAUGAAAAAUCCUGGGAGAAGUUAGAAAAUAUUCUGAGGCCAGAGAGUCAAGUGUCAACUUCAACAAGCAAAGCAAGUCUUGGUAGUACAUCAAGGCAAUCUCAGAUCAGUUCUGGUGCUAGAAAUUCUCUCUCAGCAGCUCAUGUCAAGAAAACAGACCUGAAAAUAUUAAUCCAGGCCAUUGAAGAGUCUCUAAGCCUAGGAAUGGAUGCUGAUACUUUCUCGAGAUUCCAAACCCUGAAGCUAGUAAAGAUUAAUCCUUUGACUGUGGAUGAUUUUGAACUGAUGUUUGGUGGACUUGAUUCCAAUGAACAACUUGUGGAUGGACUCUUCACAUCUGUCUUCAAGAAAGCAAACAGAAAUACCAGUAAAACUUGGAUAACUUUAGAUGCUUCUGUAAAUCCUGGUUGGAUGGAUUAUUUGGUUAGUGCAGUAAGUAAAAACCGAAUGAUUCACUUGAAGAAUGGCGAUAUCAUAUACAUGAAUGAGAAUGUGAAAUUAUUUCUUGAGACUGACAACAUUCAGUCAGCCUCUCCAACAAUUUUAUCCAAGCUGGGAUUAAUUUAUGUGGAUGGUAUUGUUGGAUGGGAAUUAUUGGCAAAAACAUGGAUCAAGACAAGGAAAAACAGAAAAAUCAUUGCCAAUGGAAAUCCGAAUCUAAAUGAUAUGGAGGAGAUUUUGAUGCAGUGUUUCCAGACUACAAUUGAAGGUGUGGUCAAAUUUUUAAAAACAAAAGUAAAGCAUUCAACAUAUGUGACAGAAGUUGGAAUGUUCACCAAUUGCUUGCAGAUGCUUACAUUGUUGCUAUCAGAUAAACUGGAACUGGCUGGAAAUGUACACGUCAAAAAACUGUUUCUAUUCUGCUUGAUAUGGGCUUUUGGUGGUCAUCUAAAUGAAGAAGACAGGAAAAGUUUCAGCAGCUUUCUCUUGGAGUCAAGGACAAAUGUGUAA